AUGGAUGUUUUAAAUUCGCUCCAGCGGAAGACGAACGUGUUGAAUCUCUCUAUCGGAGAGCUGACAAAGGAUAUCGAAUACCGUGUACAAUCCAUGAAUAAUGUGGAGACGAAAUUUGGAACGGCUGUGGCAUGCGUCUUACAAGAUCCGGCCGGCGGUGGGAUAAUCAACAUAUUUCUCCCCAAGUCGGUGCAAUUGCCGAGUGAGGAACUACAACGGUACAAUCAACAUGAGGCUCACCCGGUAAACCUCAUUUUUCGAGGGAUGAGUAAAAGAAACUUUAUCAUUACAUUCGUACCCGCUCAACCUCGUUUUUCGGGCGAUGUCUAA